UUACUGUUUCCUCAUUCUUCCGGCUAACAGAGUCAAAAGAGCUAGGCGGGAUGUCGGUACCAGCUGUUGCCGUGGUGCUGUGGUUGCUGCGUACCAGCUGUUACUGUUGCUCCGCCUUCCCUCUCCUAGGUUCUGGGUGGGAGGCGCUGGAGUUUUGCUGAAUGAAAUGUGGUGUGGGGAGGGGUCGCGGGGGUGGUUGUGAUACUUGCUCCUUUGGAGAUGGGGAGCGGGGGUCGUCAGUGAUCUUUAUCAAUUUCAGGCUUUUGCCACUUGUUGCCUGAGGAUCGAUUUACUCCCUUAGCUGCGUCACUCUACUUUCUUAAGUUUCUCCACCUGUAAGAAGAGAGAUUGGCCCGAUUGCUUCUAAGACUUUUUUUGUUGUUAUUGUUUUUUUUAGCCCAGACAACCUGGCUACACUGCGGUGGUGCCGGUUCUCUCGCUCCACUACCCGCUGUUUUGGCAGCCAGUAGAAGCACUUGAGAUUGGGUAAUGGGGAAGAAGGACCACUGACCAGGACCAGAGAAGACAAGCUCAAAUCGUUGAUACCCUGAACUAGUGUUCCCCCUUCUGAGGCAUAUUUUCCCCGUCUGCAAAACAAAGGGUUAGGCGGAAUGAUUUGCAAGGUCCCAGUUGACUCUUAACUUUUGGCCAUUUGCUUGACGCAACAGUUUAAAUCCCCCACCCCACCCCCAGCAGUCUUUCUGUUGUUGUCCUCCACAACCCGAGACUCUGGAGGGCGAUCUGGAGGUCUGGAAGAUAACCCUUUCCAGGGAGAUUUGGAGGUAGUCACCAAUCUGUCCCUGGCUAUCUUGUGACCCGAAGCCGGCGGGCUUGCCAUGAAUAUUCUAAACAUAAACAUACCUUCAAACGGUGCUGUGGAAUUUGGACAGAAGUUUUAAUUGGGUGUUAUAACGUUGUGGAAACUGAGUCUGUGAGUUUACCCAAAGCUGCAGAAUUGUCAUUGUUCAUAUUCCCUAAGCAAAAAAGAUCCGGUUUGAGAAUUAACGUGGCAAUUUAAGAUUGGAAUCUGAUGUACGAUAAUUAAAUGAUAGUCUGCCUCAGUGUUAACUUAGCACUUAAUAGGUUUCUCUUAGUUUUACUCACUAAUAGUAGUUUAAAUGAUUUCGUUAAACAGAUGUAGAAUGUGUAUCAGUGGUGUAUAAAAAGUUGUGGUUGUAUUGGUGCAAGUCAGUAAAGUCCAUUUUAUAUUUCUGCAUAAAGCCUUAAGUCUUUUGUACUUUAGCAUUGCUUUGCAAAGUAAGUUGAUGUGCAUUAUAUAGAGGAGAGUACACACAUGAAAGUCUUCAAUGUAAUUGUGUUUUUUUGAGACAAGAUUUCGCUCUGUCACCAAGAUUGAAGUGCAGUGGCAUGAUUAUAACUCACUGCAGCUUUUAACUCCAAAGCUCAAGCGAUCCUCUCACUUCAGCCUGCCAAGUAGCUGAGACUAUAGGCACAUGCCACCACACUUAGCUAAUUAAAAAAAAUUUUUUUUUGUACAGAUGGGGUCUUGCCAUAUUGCCCAGGGUUAUCUCAAACUCCUGGGCUCAAGCGAUCCCUCCCUCUCUCCUCUGCCUCCCAAAGUACUAGAAUUACAGGUGUGAGUCUCUCAGACUGUAAUAGCGAUUUUUUUUUUUUGAAGAGCAGUCCUGAGAGUACCAAAUGUUAAUGUUGUUUCCUUGUAGUUAAAAAGACCACUUUUAAGCAAAGGCUUUCUUUUAAAACAGGGAGAUGAGCAAGAAGAUCAUUUAAAACAACUUUUUUGCAUAUUUUUGAGUCACUUAAAAUAUUAUGAAAUAUACGAUAUACAGAAAAGAAUAUAGAUAGUCGAUUUGCAUAGUUUUGAGAGGAAUGAAAUGAAUCCAUGGGGCCUGUCAUUCAGCUGAAGAAAUGGAACUUUAUCAGUUACCAGUAAAUUCUACCAGUCUGCACUUACCAAUUAAGUCCUUCUCGCUACAGCCGCUGGAGUGCAAUGGUGGGAUCUCGGCUCAUUGCAACCUCUGCUUGCCGAAUUCAGGUGAUUCUCUUGCCUCUCAGUCUCCUGAGUAGCUGGAAUUACAGGCGUGCGCCACCACACCCAGACAAUUUAAAAAAUACGGAGAAUUACAGAGAAGGAAAUGAGACUGGAGUAUGCUUGGGAACUCCAGGCAGAAGUCCAGCUGUCAAGGCCAUGCAUAUCAGAAACAAGGGUGCUCCACAUACUUGGAGCUUACCACAUACUGCAGGACUGUAUAGACCUCCUCCACUUAAAUUAUUCUUAAUUCUGGUAGCAGCAGCAGCAGCAGCAGCAAUGUUUCACUUCUUCAGAAAGCCUCCAGAAUCUAAAAAGCCCUCAGUACCAGAGACAGAAGCAGAUGGAUUUGUCCUUUUAGGAGAUACAUCAAAUGAGCAAAGAAUGUCAGCAAGAGGCAAAACUUCGGAUGUAGAAGCAAACCAAUCUUUGGAGACCAACAAAGAAAAUGCAUCCAGUGUGACUGUAUCAGACCCUCAGACGGAAAAUAAGGCAGGCCAGACUCUGGAGAACAGCUCAUUAAUGGCCGAGCUGCUGAGCGAUGUACCCUUCACCUUGGCCCCGCAUGUGCUGGCAGUGCAGGGCACCAUCAUUGACCUUCCCGACCACUUACUCUCCUAUGAUGUCAGCGAAAACUUAUCCCGGUUUUGGUAUGAUUUCACUCUUGAAAAUUCAGUGCUCUGUGAUUCAUAAUCUUUAUGUCUGUUUGUACCUUAAUAGUUUAAAAUAUAAGUUUGCCUAUUUUAUUUAACCUGUUUGAUGUUCUUUGCCGUUUCACUGUUUAAGGCCUUCAGCAAAGCAAGGAUCUUAAGUAAAGAAAAUAGCAUUAUGUUCAUUACUCUAUUUUUUAGAAAAAAGAACAUUUGUAUAAAAACUGAACUUAAGUUCUACUUCCUUUCUCCCACAUAAUAAAUUUAAAAAUUAGGCUAUGAAGGUUUUAUAAAAGGAGUCGAUUCCUUCAGAUGGUCUCUCAAAAUAUAACACCUCAAUUUUUAUCUUAGAAGAACUGUGAAAAAGAAUUGUGGCAUUUUUUAGUACCACAGCUCUGAAGCCUGAGCUUGAGGUGGGUGUGAAGUCUCUUUUCUGGUUUGUAGGAAGUUGAAUUAGUGUUAUUCCCGAAUUUUUCUCUUCCACAGUGUUUAUGAAUGAAUUCAGAAAACAGGUGCCAGUUAGCUUAUAUUUCUUCAGUCUCACUUUAGAUGUAUUGAUGUGGAAAUUUAAAAUUUGUCCUAAACAGCAGUGAUAGUUUGCUGAUAUGAGAGUGCUAGAACUGCACUGCGUCCUGUUUCUAGAGUGGCCCAUUUCCGUUUUCUUAAACCCAUGGCAGCCCUUUCCGUCGUGAAUAAUUUUUGUGUUCCCACCUUUGUUCUCUUUUUGCUACUUCGGUGUGCUCUCUAACCAGCUUUCCAAAGAACUUUCCCUGCUUCUGCCUCAGUUGGCAUUUGCUCUCCUUAUCACAUAUGUUCCCAGUUUAUGAAGAGAUCCACAUUUCCUUUCAUCCUCUCUGCCUCCUAAAGAAAAACAUCUCGUGAUGAUACAUAUUAUUGCUGAUAACACCCUUAUUUAGAAAUUUGUUGGCCACCAUACAGAUGGAAAUGUUUUACUGCUGAAGAAACUAAAAUCAACUCAUUUCCAAUCAGAGUAUAGGCAGAACACAUAGAUAUGACUUAGUUCUUGAAUAUCCAUUGUUUACUUUAAUGAAAACAAAACUGCCAUUGGUCCAUAAACUGUAAAGGGAAGAGGUAAACUGUGAUGGAGAAUUUUCUAUGCCAUGGGAAAUUGAAAUCACAUUUAUUUUGAUUACCAGCAAUAUGAUUUAUUAACUCUGUGCCAAGUUUUAAGUAUAUUUUUUUCACAAAGAUAGAGUGCCAUAGUGAAACUAAACACAGUGCAUAAAGGUACAUGAAUUAUUCAAGUUUUAAAACAUUAUGCAUGUUUGUUUAAUAGAUGUGGCAUGGUCUUAAUAAAAAUGCUAUGUUAUUUAAAAGUUAUAGGAACAUUUCUAUUGACAAAAAUAUGCUUCAUUUACAAAUAAUAUCAUGUGGUUAAUGAUGAAAUUAGAUCUUUACAUGGUUUUUAUAAAACAUCAGUCUAGGAAAUAUAACUUAUUACUGAUGCAAAUGUGAACAUUUUGUAGGAGUUUUGUAAAAGCACAUCCUUUUCAAAUAUCUAUGUUAAUGUACCCUUGAAACUAAAUGCGAGUGUAUAGUCAGUUUGUCUAAUGUAUGUGUGAAAUUUUGUCUAAAAUACCUAAACAUUUCAUCUAUAUUUAUGUCUACCGUGUCAUAAAUGUUUAUAUGUACCUUCAUGUGUCUAUAAAAAUAUUAUAUUUAAAUAAAUGUGAAUUAAAAUAAAAAUUUUGAUUAUUUUCAGAGCCAGAAAAA